AUCUGUAGGUUGAGGGUACUUCAAGCAUGCAGGAAAAGCAUUCUCCAAGGUUACACAAACUAAUCAUACAUCUUCAGUGUAAAUGAAAAGUUAGACAUGUUGUACAACCCUAUAAUGUAACGACUAUAUUUAACAGGGGUCUUUCUGACAUAGGGAAUGACAAAAUGUGUCAAAGCUGGUUUUAUGCCAUGUGCACAUGACUUGUAUGCAAGUGACUGUGAACUACAAACAUACAGGGUCGGUAUGGGUGUAAUGUCGUGUGAUCUGUAGACUGGGUUGUCAAACAGGCCUAUCAGCAGCACUAGGUGCUUAAAGGGUAGAAGGCCACAAAGCCAGAGCCUCUGAAGUGACUAACAUUUGUAAUUAAAGGACUCAGUGAAACAUCCCUCUGAAAAACAGCUUCAUUCAUGAUGAUGAACACAUCACAUGACCAUUAGGAAUUUCAGCACUUGUGGGCAGGGGCACAUCAUCUGCUCAUACCUGCAGUUUAUAGUAGGGGGGAAACCUAAUUUCUAUUCAAGCAACUGAUUAAGGUUGCAUUGUAAUGAGAAAACUGUGUAGUGGGCCUACUUUUCAUGAUACCUCUUUUAUGGUCAGCUGUUCACUUGGUGGAAUGUCUUGGUAUAGUUAAAGGUAAUUAUAAUAAUAGGCUGGCUGAAGUUAUGUCUUGGUUUAUCAAGUUAGGAUCAGUUUUAGAUGUUUUCCCCUGAAGGGAAAGUGAUAGCCUAUAUAUUGAUAAGAAGGUAUGCAGUGGUCUAUGGUUACUGCCCUCAGUCACGGGGGCUUGAUAAAGUGUCAUGUUCUAUUAAUGUUAAUGUUAAAGGAUAAAUAAGUAAUAAUUUAAGUAUGUAGAAUGUAGCACAGACAAUACUGACUAUGGGCUCCACGCUUUCAUCCGUUUGCCUACUUAAAUCUGUCUACUCACUAAGAUUUGCCUAUUAUUAGAAAAUUGCUACAGUUGUUGACUACCAGAACUGCUGUCACAUACCUUUAUGUCUGCCUGACGCAGCUGGAUGUCAGCUGAAUUUCAGUGGUGAUUAUGGCUGAUCCUUAUGGCAGUCAUGUGGAUUAGACAGUGUAUGUGUGGAUUUUGUAUUUUGCAGAUGAAUUUUAGUAGUAACUUGUAAAAUAUUAUUCAUUGUUCAGUGAAAAAAAAGAACUCUUAUCAAGUCAUUUUAGUAUAGAAUGGAGUCCUUAAAGUUUUAUUUCAUUAUAAAAAGUGAACAAAUCUGCCAGUAAAGUGAUAAUAUCCCAAACAAUUAAAGGGGUCAUUUAUCAUAAAGUACAUUUUGCUGAUAAUAGUUUUGUACUUUUACUCAAUAUUUGGAAUACUCCAAAAUACUCCAUUACUUGUAAUGGGACAUUUGUUGGGUUGUUGUAUUACUACUUUCACUUAAGUAAAGGAUCAUUUUUCCACCCCUGUGCGGAACUGACCCUAAAUCAGCUAAUUACAUUUGAACUGUCAUUGCAAAAUAGGACCAACAAGUCUGUAGAAGUGAUCCAGACACAAGUUUUGAUCCAGUGAAAUGAAGCCUGGCUGGAUCACACUAAUAUAAUCAUACAUCAUGCUGGAGUCAUGAGAAGAGCGUAAAUACAGAGAUCAUUGACACCCCACACAGCCAAUAGCUGAUCAAAGUGAUUAUUCUCACGGACCAAUCACUGCCGCCGGAGGACGGUGAGCGGAGGACAGAUCAGCACCUGGGAGCUGUCCGUGGUGCACGAGCCAGCCGACACCUGACGGUGAGGAUGGCCAAGGUGAAGCAGGUGGGUUUGCUGGCAGCAGGCUGUCAGCCCUGGAAUAAAGAUGUGUGUGCUGCUAGUGGGGACCGCUUCGCCUACUGUGCUACUCUAGCUAUAUACAUCUACCAGUUGGACCAGCAGUACAAUGAAUUUAAGUUGAGGUCCAUUAUGUCAGAACAUAAGAAGACCAUAACAGCCAUCAGCUGGUGUCCUGACAAUCCAGAUCUGUUUGCGUCAGCCUCUGCUGAUAACCUGCUCAUCGUAUGGAACGUAGCGGAACAAAAGGCUGUAGCAAGACUGGACAAUACUAAAGGUGUUCCUGCGUCAGUCAGUUGGUGCUGGAACUCAGCUGACGGAGUGGCGUUUGUCUCCCAGCGAGGUCCGCUGUAUAUCUGGGUCUAUGGAGGUCCUGACCCCGGGGUCACAGUGCAUAAAGAAGCCCACUCUUUCCUGUCUGAUAUCUGUCUCUUCAGAUGGCACCCCACUAAGAAGGGCAAACUGGUUUUUGGACACACAGAUGGAAGUUUGUCUAUUUUUCAGCCAGGGUGUAAGAGCCAAAAGCAUGUGUUACGUCCAGAGUCUUUAGAGGGGACAGAUGAAGAGGACCCAGUCAGUGCUCUGGAGUGGGACCUUUUGUCAACUGACUAUUUACUAGUGUCUAACCUCCAUAAUGGUAUCAGGCUGGUGGACAGUGAGGCCUUGGUUUGUAUCACGUCCUUCUGCUUCCCCUCAGCCGCUGCAUCAGUUCAGUGUCUUGCCUGGGUCCCCUCUGCACCAGGCAUGUUCAUCACUGGAGACUCUCAGGUUGGAGUGUUGAGGAUAUGGAAUGUGUCUCGCUCUACUCCUCUGGACAGCUUUAAAUUGAAGAAGACCGGAUUUCAUGCUUUACACGUCCUCAACUCCCCUCUUGCCAAGAAAGCUCAGAGUUCCUGUUGUCCCAGUAAAAGUCAGCAUACCAGUUCCACCAGUGAGGCGGUACCUCCCCCUACCCUGUCACAGAACCGGUCCUUCUCUCUUCCUCCUGGUCAUGCUGUCUGCUGCUUCAUGGAUGGAGGGGUGGGACUCUAUGACAUGGGAGCUAAGAAGUGGGACUUCCUACGAGACCUGGGUCAUGUAGAGACCAUCUUCGACUGUAAGUUUAAACCCGAUGAUCCAAACUUGUUGGCCACAGCUAGUUUUGAUGGAACCAUCAAAAUCUGGGACACAAACACACUAACAGCUGUUUACACCUCCCCUGGCAAUGAAGGAGUGGUCUACUCCCUGUCCUGGGCUCCAGGAGACCUGAACUGCAUCGCGGGGGCAACUUCUCGUAAUGGAGCAUUCAUCUGGGACGUUAGGAAAGGAAAGAUCAUCACUCGCUUCAAUGAGCAUGGUAAAAAUGGUAUAUUCUGUAUAUCAUGGAGCCAUAAGGAUUCUAAGAGGAUUGCUACCUGUAGUGGAGAUGGAUUCUGUAUCAUCCGGACCAUUGAUGGUAAAAUCCUCCAUAAGUACAAACAUCCCGCGGCUGUGUUUGGCUGUGACUGGAGCCAAAACAACAAGGAUAUGAUUGCUACAGGCUGUGAGGAUAAAAAUGUCCGUGUGUACUACCUGGCCACCAGCUCAGACCAACCUCUGAAGGUCUUCACUGGGCAUUUAGCUAAAGUAUUCCAUGUCCGCUGGUCUCCGCUCAGAGAGGGAAUACUGUGUUCCGGAUCAGAUGAUGGUACUGUUCGUAUAUGGGAUUACACACAGGAUGCGUGUAUCAAUGUGCUGAGUGGUCACACAGCUCCAGUCAGAGGCUUAAUGUGGAACACAGAGGUCCCUUACCUCCUCAUUUCAGGUUCUUGGGAUUAUACGAUCAGAGUUUGGGAUACAAGGGACGGCACAUGUCUAGAUACAGUCUAUGACCACGGAGCUGAUGUCUAUGGUUUAACAUGUCAUCAGAGUCGUCCGUUCACCAUGGCCAGCUGUAGCAGAGACAGUACAGUGAGGCUGUGGUCUCUCACACCACUCAUCUCUCCACUGCUACUAAACAUCCUUACCAACCAGCCCUGGGAGAAGAUAAUAGGAAACACUGAUACAGCUAUGGUUCCUGGCUCACCACCUCUGCUCUGUGGUAAAGUGUCCAGAGACAUCAAGCAGGAUCUGGAUAAACUGAGCUUAGACAUCAGGGCCAAGAAGCUACGCUGGUUCUCUGAAUGCUUUUCGCCUCCAGGAGGCAGCAGUAACCUGUGGGACUUGGUGUCAGUCAUUAAUGGUCAGGAUGACUCACUGCUACCAGGCAGCUACAGUAAGGGAGUGAUGCACAUGAAACACCUGCUGAAGUUUAAAACAUCUGAGGCCCAGGAGCUCACUAUAGUCAAGAUGUCUAAAUUUGGAGGAGGUAUUGGAGCUCCCAGUAAAGAGGAGAGGCUGAAAGAAGCAGCAGAUAUCCAUCUGAGACUGGGACAGAUUCAGCGAUACUGUGAAUUAAUGGUGGAGCUGGGACAGUGGGAGAAAGCAUUAUCUGUGGCACCAGGAGUCUCCAUGAAGUACUGGAAGAAACUCAUGCAGAGGAGAGCUGAUCAGCUGAUGGCUGAGGAUAAUGAUGACGCUAUCCCAUACUGCAUCGCCACAGGAGACAUUAAAAAACUUGUAACAUUCUUCACCGGCAGAGGACAACUGCUAGAAGCCUUGCUAAUAGCACAGGAAUGGAUGAAUGGUAGCUUGUGGUGGGACACAGGAAACAGACAGAGAGGUGCACGAUAUGAGGAAGGAGCAUGUGAAGGAAACAUUCGUGCACCUCAAAGCUCUCCAGUCAACCACACCACUAAUGAUGUGGAUAACAGACAACAGUACCAGAGUCUCCUCCAUAAGGUAUGUAGGGAACUAGCUGAGUGGUACUUCCAGGAUGGCUGCGCUGUCCUGGCAGCGUGCUGCCACCUAGCUGUGGACAACAUCAAGUUAGCCAUGUGUAGUCUGAUCCGAGGUAAUGAGCUGGAGUUGGCCGCAUGUGUGGGUAUCGUCUUAGGAGAAGCAGCUAAUCAGAGCACUGCUUACUGCCUUGAACUCUUGGCCAGGAAGUACAUGAUCACACCUACAUGGGAGCUGUCAGCUGAUCUACUGCAAAUGAUUCCUGAGAAUGACAUUUUAUUGGCUAAGCUGUGUGCAUUUUACCCAGGAAGCACUGAUGACAUCAACCAAUUACAUGAAAGGUGCGGUCUCCCUUCAUUAGAGGAGUGUAAGGCCUUGGCAGAGGAAGCCAUGUGUGAAGGAGAUCUGUUCUCAGCUGUUAAAUUUCACCUUCUGAGCUCUGAACCUGAGAACGCCCUUCAGAUAGGAAUAGAUCACGUCAAAGAACAGCUGACUGGAUCUGCUUGGACAGUGGAUAGUGUUCAGCCAAUCCUGGACCUGAUGAGCUACAUCAGAACCGACCGCCUCAUCAUGGCCAAACUGACUGAAGCCCGCAGUGAGCUGCUGAUCCUGUGUGGUUAUAUUGGAGGUCUGCUGGCCAUUAGAAGACAGUACUCCAGCAUUGUACCUGCACUCUACGAAUACACCAGUCAGUUGUUGAAACGAAGGGAAGUGUGUGUUCCACUGAAGAUCGAGCAGCUGUCUGCGGAGCUGGAUGCCUGGCGGGUCUGCACACAAAGUAACAGCAAUCCUCCAUCAGAGUGUCAAAAAGAAGAGUUCAGCUGCCUUGAGAGGAGAAUCCAGCCAACAGACUCUGCUGUGUCAGUCUUGUGUGGUGCUGAUUAUGUGACUGGCUCCAAUCUGCCGAGCCACUCAGAUGUGCAACUGUCCUGUUUCACUGGACACAGAAUUCAGGGUCCAGUGUUUUUGCUGGAGGAUGGUAAAUCAGCGAUCUCCCUUAACGAUGCUCUAAUGUGGGCUAAAGUCAACCCCUUUUCCCCACUGGGAACAGGAGUUCGCAUCAACCCCUUCUAACACAGACACACACAAACACGCACAUGCACGCACAUGCACGAACACACACACGUGUGCACACACACACAUACACACACACACACACACACACAAACACACACACAAAGAGGACAUUCCAUCAGAAGGGUUUACAGGUUUGAGGGGGAAAAGUAACAAAAGUCAGAUAGUAGUAGUGUAGUAAUGGAAAAGAAAAAUGAAAAAUGGGCUGAAAAUUACAUUUUUGUGCUUCAGCUAACUGUUUUGUUUUUAUAAUUUACUGAGCCAACAAAUGUAGUGACAUCAGCAAACAAAUACAUUUGUGAUGCUGUGAGGCUGAUUAAGUUUCAAACAAGCUCAUGGUUUUGGUAGAUUUUGAUAUUGGUUAGCUUAGCUGUGAUGUGAUGAACACAUAGCCAAUAAAAUCAUCAUGCAUCAUUUGUGAAAGGGGAUUCCAAUUGAAUGAGAAACAUACAUGUGGGUCAUGUGAUAGACUUCCCUCUUUACUCCAGUGAAUGUUUCCUCAAGGUACAAGCAUGUACAUACAGGGUAUAAAUCUGAAUUACUUUCUUCUAUUGUUGUAAAAAAAUAAAUAAAUACGGGAAUAAAGCAACCACUGCAUAUUGA